UUUAUUAUCGAACUUAUAAUGAGCCCGGUUAGUAUUUUUGUGCAGUGAGUGUCAUAAUUAACAGAACACAUGUGUACAGUGUGUUGAUUUGCUCCCCUUCUGCGAUAAACGCUUGUAGAUACAACCUCCACUGAGCGUGCGCAGAAGUGUCGGUCCUCUACAUUUGCUCGCAGACAUCGUCACAGGUUGAAGUGAGCAUCCUCAUCCACAAAGAGGGAGCCGGGCUGUUUUGUCUUUUCACUCGGCUCUGUCGUUUAUCCCCCGUCGCUGUCGCCUCUGCUGCAGUGUGUCCAACAUCAGCACGCGGGGAGCAGAAGCCAUAAGAUGAAGAAACGUUAUGUGGACGCGAACAGGCUACGGAAGAUGAAAAAGCUGAAAAUCACGGAGAAGCUGUCUGAAAGCGCGUACACCUUCCUGAAGUUUAUGGUGAUGUGGACACUGGUGCUGCUGGCAGACUUCAUCCUUGAAUUCAGACUGGAGUACCUGUGGCCGUGCUGGCUCUUCUUUGGGAGCGUGUACACCACUUUCCACUGCCAUGGGCUGGUUAUUUGUGUUGUUUUUGUUUGCGCUGCCUUCACUCUGGACAUCUUUUGUUUAAUUUUUGUUCCUUUGCACUGGCUGUUCUUUGUGGCGAGCACCUAUGUGUUAUUCAAUUACAUAUGGCACACAGAGAAGGGCAUCUGUAUAUCAACUGUGUCUCUGUGGAUCCUGCUCGUGUACACAGAGGCUUCACUUCGACUCAAAGACCUUAAAACCUCACAUGCCAACCUGUCCCAUCUUUUUGCCGCUCACUGUAUUGGAUAUCCUGUAGUUUAUCUGGGGUUUGAUGCCACCUGCUACUUCACCAACAUCUUUAAGCUGCGCAUACAGAAAGCAGUGCAGAGUGAGAAUGACUUCCACAUGCACCUCCUUCAGCACUCGUUACCCCCAGGCCUGCAGGUUUAUCCCAAGACAGGCACAGAUGGCAGCAGCACCUCCAAAUGGAAAGUCAAGCCUGAGUCGAGUCAGUAUCAGUGUCAGAACGGUGCUGUGGUGGCCCAAGACGAGGCACACACCGUGGACUGCCUCCAGAUCCGCAGCGAGGAGAGAGCGGCAGAGAAAGGGUCGCAGGAGGUGAGGUCAGCUGAACCAAACCGCCGGCCACCAUCGUCGUCAUCAUCCAAACCCAGUGUGGGUGAGUCCAAAGAUCUGCUGCACAGCAGCACAGGAGGACCGGAAUCAUCAACAACUCCAGAAAAUCUACCUCAAGAGGAGCACGGCAGCAAAGCAACGCGAGCAGCUAAGAACUCCUCACCAAAAGUCAGAAGAAGCAGCUCAAAUACUCCUUCGCCUCCUGCGGGAAGGACUGAGAAGAAACACAGGUCCAGCUCCAAAACAGUCAGCCCCAACAGGGAUGCUGCAGAAAAGAGCGCCACAGCAGCUCAGAGUUACCACGCUGAACAGACAAGCAAGCUGGAGCAAGAGCUGAGGAGGCUGAAGAGCGAGCUGCAGGCGAGCAGGCAGACCGAACAGGAGCUUCGAAGUCACAUCUGCAACUUGACCAACAGCGAGAGGAGCCUUAGACCAGAGGUUUCCCUGCUCAGGCAGUCCAACAUGCUUCUCCAGAGCAAGAUUCUGUGCCUAACUAAAAACAAGCAGAGGGACAAGCAGACUUGUGUGAUGCUGGAGAAGAAGACCAGAGCAGAGGCAGAGGCCAGACUCUCUGCUGAGAAGCAGUUGGCUGAGCUUCAGGCUCAAAAGCUGGAGGAGGCGGCGAGCACAGCACGGAGUCUAACAAACAGGCAGGAACACUGUGAAACCCAAAUGUUAAGGAAAAGGGUUAAAGAGCUAGAGACAGAGUACAAACAACUACAACUGGAGUAUCAAGUGAAAGAGAGUCGUGUGGUAGAUCUAGAGAGUGAUGUUGAGGCUUUGGGAAAGUACCGCUGUGUGGAAAAAGAGACAGAUAUGCUGCUGUCCACUUUGUCAGCCAUGCAGGAAAAGGCUCAACAUCUGGAGUACAACCUGAGCGCUGAGACUCGCAUCAAACUGGACCUCUUCUCUGCGCUGGGAGACGCCCGCAGACAGCUAGAAAUCGCCCAAGAUAAGGUGAUGAAGCAGGACAGGGAGAUAAGUGAGAUGAAGAAGAAGAUUGCCGAGGUGAUGGCGGUGAGCCCCGGCAUGUCCUACAUGGCUCCCCGGCCCCACGUGCCACAGAAUCUCACCAAGUUGCUCAACUCCGAGCGCUACGUGCUGAAUCCACGAGCAUUGAUGUACCAGUGUUUGAAGAAAUAGGGGACGUCCCAGAGCUUUCACACCUCCUCAGAACUCGUCAGAUCCGGACGAGUUUAUCACAGAGCUAAACAACACCGCGAAGUCCUCUACUUCCAGCCAUGAGUGGAAGCAGGCCAAGCCUCCACGAGUCGAAUGCCUUUUGCUGCACUGUUGGUGCUAACUUGAUAUUAUUCUGUAUAUUUCCUGUUUUCUGCCACAUCACGGGUCGAAGAGUUUCACUCCAAAAUGAGGUAUCUAAUAUGCAGAGCUGGUCAUUUUUUUGAACGAAAAAAAAAGGUUUACUUAUCGCGAUUAAAUACAAAUGCAGGUGUCAGCAGAGAUACAAACCAAGUAGAUUUAUCUGAAUGAAGACCUGGUGCCCGAUGCGGACAUUCCCAGAGGAAGAUGGCACUGACAGGUUCUCUGCUGCAGCUGUAAAAUAUUUCAUUAAACCACUCUGUACAGUUUAACUCCUGGCAUGAAAGUAAAACUGACCAAACAACACUAUUUAAGUCAUUUCAUGUGUUAAAUUUACAGAUGUGUAAGAAUUCAGAUUUUUCUUGAUAUGCUGCAAUACUGACAAGAAGAUUCAAAGUAAUAUCUUUUUUUAAGCCCUAUUUGUCAGUAUUUAUUAGAACAAAAUGAUCAUUGAGGUCCAGCAGUACUGAUCAUAAAAUUAAGAAAACGGUGGCUGACUUCUGUUCUGGUGUCUCAGUCAGUCGUGACAGUCAGACCACGUGACUCUGAAACUGGAGCCGCUAAAUGGAAAUCAGCCAUCACGCUUUUUUCAUUGUCUCUGCUUUUCUUUGAAAAAAGCGUGAUGGCUGAUUUCCAUUUAGAGGCCAUAUUUUAGACUUAAAUCUUUAACGGAUUUUGGGCAAAUAUUGGAGUUGUGAACAUUAUUUUCAUUCAUGUCUAAACAUGAUUAUAGAAAGAUGAGAAAUUCUAAUACAGACUUUUGUCAAAGCCUCAGUGGUUAUGAUAAUAAACUUUUCUCUAACAAAUGUCUCUAUUGGAGAAAAAAUAUUUGAUACAUUUGGUACAUAUAUAUAUAUAUACACACACAUUUAUAUAACCUGGUCAGCUACACCAUUAAAACCACCAGCUGAAUAAUGUGCAGGCCCCUCUUGAGCAAUGAAAACCUUCGCGGACACAAGACCUCUGGAACUGCUAGAUUCUUGGAUUGCUGCAGGUUUUCUGUAGGUUUUGAGUUGGGCUCGAUUUGUGUUUCUGGCGUGCCCUACUGGAAGGAGGCCCCCAGGCAAGACCCUGGAAUUGCUGGAAGCUCUUAGUGACCCGGACCCGAAAAAAGAUGAGUGGGUGGGUGUCAAAGUAAAUUCAAAAUCUUCCUGCUGAAAAUUAUAACAAGAUGAUCAAUGUUGUUCACUUCACCUGUCUGUGGUUUUAAUGUUGUGGCUGAUCCUCAUACCAUUCUAUAAAAGUGUAAAUGUGACUAUUUAACAUACCCCAAAUGUUUAAAACAAGUAUGCACCAAGAUGUUCUUGUGUGUGCCUGUAAAUAGAGAAUUAGGAGUAUCUUAAUUGUGCUGAAAUUCAGAUAAAAGAUGUGCGUUCAACACAGAGUUUUGGAAUGAAACCCUUCAGAGUUGGAAUAUUUCUGCAUUAAUGACGUCAUCUUUGUAUGAAUAUUCCUGGUUGCCAUCCGGGAGACUCUUGAGAACAGUUAAGUGAUGUUUUAUUGUCUUACUGACCUGAUAAAUUUUGUAAAAGAAAGCUCACUUCAGCUGUGACUGAGAGCCAGCAAUUUUUUUGAUGUUUGGCAGCUCGUGGCUCCACAGUGGCAUCUGGAAAAGGGAGACCGCGACCUUGUCCGAGAGGUAAAGCAGAGCCGUGAAGGACAAGGGGGACGGUGUUGACGAAACAUGGCUCACGGAUGAAAUUACUGUGCCUAUAUACUUUCAAACUCGGAAGUAAAACACAAAUUUUAAUGUGAAAGAGUAAUGUGUUUGAAUUGAAGUGCUAUGUACUGUUUUUGUAGUUUUUGCUUCAUUUCUUUCUUUCUUUCUUUCUUUUUUUUUUACUCAUUGUACAGAAUUGAAAAAUUACCCACGCAGCUGAAAAACACUCACGAACUGGAUGUCGCCAUUUUGGUAGCUUUUUAUUUAGAGCGUGUUUCUAGGGUGUUUUAUAUCAAAAAUAUUUUUUAGUCUUGCUGUUCUUCGAUUAUACUGCUGUAAUUUUGUACGGCACUGUGUUUGUCAGCAUGAAAUGUGUUUUAUUCAACCGUUAUUUGAGCACACAUUGUGACUUUAUGUACAUGGAUAUACUUGUACAAGGGCUACAGUUUCUUAACGUUUUUGGACGAACAAUUGUUAAUUCAAACGAUGAUGCUCUGAGGCUGGAGAUCACACUCCCGAUACACCAGGACCCUGUUUUGUAUAAAUUAUUUGAAUUAUCAAAUGAGUCUCAUUUGUGCAGACGUGUGCAUGUUCCUUCA